ACGAUACAACCAAAAACUCAACUCUCAACUCCGGAACUCCCCCAAACUAUUCAACUCUUAUCUUCUUCUUCUGAAAUUUCAUAGCUUUCUGACUAAAAGUUCUGAUUUUUUUUGAAGCUGUGCACGUGAAAGGGAUUUCAAUGUAUUCUAAACUAUCAUCACCUCUAUGCCCCGUGAUUCCAUUAUGUCUUUUCUUCUUUUCACACAGUCUGUCUUCUUUCUGAGCUUUCCCAUCCAACUUUCUCCAGUCCCAGACACCACCAAGUUAUGAGGUUGUCUCUAUGGGGAUCUCUCCUGUUCUUCUCCUUCUUCGUCAAGCAUCUGACGAGCCUAGAUCCCAACACCGACGCUUAUCAUCUCUCUAGCUUCUUCUCCGCAAUGAGAUUACCCAAUUCUCCCCAAGCUCAUACGUUUUCUUCCUUGUGUUCAUGGCCAGGAGUGGUCGUCUGUGACUCUAGUGAGAAUGUGUUGCAUAUUUCGGCUUCUGGGUUGGACCUGUCUGGUUCGAUCCCCGACAACACUAUUGGCAAAAUGAGUAAGCUCCAAACUUUAGAUCUCAGUGGAAACAAGAUUACGUCUCUCCCCUCGGAUUUGUGGAGUCUCAGCUUGCUUGAGAGUCUCAAUCUCUCCUCCAACCGGAUUUCUGAGCCUCUUCCCAGCAACAUCGGCAAUUUCAUGUCGCUUCACACCCUUGAUCUUUCUUUCAACAGCAUCUCUGGCAAAAUCCCUGCCGCAAUAAGCAACCUUGUCAAUCUAACAACUCUCAAGCUCCACAACAAUGACUUUCAGUUUGGCGUCCCUCCAGAACUUGUCCAUUGCCGAUCUCUACUCUCCAUCGACCUCUCAUCCAACCGCCUCAACGAGUCUCUGCCUGUCGGUUUUGGUUCAGCUUUCCCACUACUAAAAAGCUUGAACCUUUCACGAAAUCUGUUUCAGGGUUCAUUGAUAGGAGUCUUGCAUGAAAACGUGGAAACAGUUGAUCUCAGUGAAAACCGAUUUGAUGGGCAUAUCUUGCAGUUAAUACCCGGCCACAAACACAACUGGUCUAGUCUGAUUCAUCUUGACUUGUCCGAUAAUAGCUUUGUCGGCCAUAUAUUCAAUGGUUUGAGUUCAGCUCACAAGCUGGGACACCUUAACCUCGCGUGCAAUCGAUUCAGGGCACAAGAGUUCCCAGAAAUCGGCAAGCUUUCUGCGCUACAUUAUCUGAAUCUAUCAAGGACCAAUCUCACUAAUAUCAUUCCGCGUGAAAUCUCGCGGCUGAGUCAUCUGAAGGUUCUUGAUCUCUCCUCCAAUAAUCUCACUGGCCACGUGCCUAUGCUGAGCGUCAAGAACAUUGAAGUACUUGAUCUCUCGUUGAAUAAGCUAGACGGAGAUAUCCCAAGGCCGCUUUUGGAGAAACUCGCCAUGAUGCAAAGGUUUAACUUCUCUUUCAACAAUCUAACCUUUUGCAACCCCAACUUCUCCCAAGAAACAAUCCAGAGAUCCUUCAUUAAUAUUAGAAACAACUGCCCCUUCGCUGCAAAGCCAAUUAUUACAAAAGGAAAGAAAGUCAACAAGAAGAAUACAGGGCUUAAGAUUGGUUUGGGGUUAGCAAUCUCCAUGGCGUUCUUACUUAUAGGACUACUGCUCAUACUUGUAGCCUUGAGAGUUAGAAGAAAAUCAAGAACUUGGGCAACAAAGCUAGCCAUAAACAACACAGAACCCAACUCCCCAGACCAACACGACUCAACCACUGAUAUCAAGCAAGCAACGCAAAUCCCUGUGGUAAUGAUCGACAAGCCAUUAAUGAAAAUGACGCUUGCAGACCUAAAGGCUGCGACUUUCAACUUCGACAGAGGCACAAUGUUGUGGGAAGGCAAGUCUGGUCCUACUUACGGAGCAGUCUUACCCGGUGGAUUCAGAGCAGCUCUAAAAGUUAUCCCAAGUGGAACCACAUUGACUGAUACUGAAGUCUCGAUUGCAUUUGAACGUCUCGCUAGGAUCAAUCACCCAAAUCUUUUCCCGCUCUGUGGAUACUGUAUAGCGACAGAGCAAAGAAUUGCAAUCUACGAGGACUUAGACAUGGUUAAUUUGCAAAGUCUACUCCAUAACAACGGAGAUGAUUCUGCACCUUGGAGACUUCGGCAUAAGAUAGCUUUGGGGACAGCGAGGGCAUUAGCUUUCCUUCACCAUGGCUGCAUUCCUCCAAUGGUCCACGGAGAAGUGAAGGCUGCAACAAUCUUGUUAGACUCUAGCCAGGAGCCACGCUUAGCAGACUUUGGUUUAGUUAAACUCUUGGACGAGCAAUUUCCCGGUUCCGAAAGUUUAGACGGGUACACACCACCGGAACAGGAGCGAAAUGCUUCUCCGACAUUAGAAUCCGAUGUGUAUAGCUUUGGAGUUGUUUUGCUUGAGCUCGUGAGUGGGAAGAAGCCGGAGGGUGACUUGGUGAAUUGGGUGAGAGGGUUGGUGAGGCAGGGACAAGGAUUGAGAGCCAUUGAUCCGACGAUGCAAGAGACAGUUCCGGAGGAUGAAAUCGCGGAGGCGGUGAAGAUAGGGUACUUGUGUACCGCCGAUCUGCCAUGGAAGCGACCUACGAUGCAGCAGGUGGUUGGACUUCUCAAAGACAUUUCUCCCAACUACUAGUGGGCUAGUUAUGGGCCUCAUAAUGGGCUUAUCACACUUAACAUGAAUAUUAACAUGGCUCUUAAGUUUGUAUGUUUAUUGUUGUUGAUUAGAAGAAAUGGAAAAACAUGAAAAGAGCCGUUUAUAUUUAAGCAA